CCAAGGUGCAGUAUUAUUAUUGCCUUUUCGGGCAGAAUUAGGCCGCUGUGAGAUUUGCCUGCAUGAGAUGCUCGUGGCUGUGCUCGGUUACCUCACCCUCACCCUCACCCCUCACCCUCACCCUCACCCUCACAAACUGCAAUAUUGUUAUGAAAUAUUAUCUCCAGCCAUAAGCAGUCUGCUCUUAUACCAGAAUCUUCAGCUGUGUCACGAGGUUGGAUUUCAUGCCUCGUUGUCUUGACAUUUGUGGGCCCCUACCGCCGCGCUACCCCUCAAUUGAGCUGCUCUGCGGAAACCACGCACAAUCCUGUCAACCGCUUUCCUCAUGCAGCAAACCGCACCGCCGAAGGAUGAAUGGACGAACAAGGAGUUGAUGCUAAAGAUCACAGAGGUCCCCGACGAGAACGACCCGUAUCACUACCAUAAAUUGAGUGAUGCGGAUGAGAUAAGGCUGGUGACGAUCAAGCCGGGAAAAUGGACGGAUCCAAUCAGCUGUGAGCUGACAUGCCACUCGCUGGACGUCGAUGAUAUAACUGAGUAUUCGACCUUGUCGUAUGCAUGGGGAUCACCUCGAGUUACCGAAAACAUCAUACUCGAGGGUCGAACAUGGCCGGUUACUGUCAACCUGGCCAACGCUCUACUCUUCCUUAGAGACCAUGAGAAGCCUGUGAAAAUGUGGAUCGAUGCGCUGUGCAUUGAUCAAUCCAAUCUGAAGGAGAGGGGUAAACAAGUCCAGCUGAUGAAGGACAUUUACUCAGGCGGCACACAAGUUGUGGUGUACCUCGGCGAUGGAAAGAACCACCGACCAAAGCGCCUCUCCGAGCACCACAUAAUCUCCAAAGCUCCUACCCAACAACACUUUUACAAUGACGAACGUGAUGGGGUCCAUCUUGAAGAGUUCUGGGCCGCACUUUCCGCCUCAGCCAUGCCCUCCCUCCCAAUGAACGAUGGGAGCAAACGGCCACGGAUCCGAUCUCGGCAUCUCUCUUCAACAUUCCACAUGUUCUGUCUCCUCCGGGUACUGGGCGACGAAGUCUUGACUUCUGACCUUGUCGACAGGAUGCGCAAACUCACCGCCAUGGACCCCUCCUGCGACCUGCUUGGUACUAUGGUCGAAACCCUGCGCUGUAUGCUCCUCAACCCAUGGUGGCAGCGCAUCUGGGUCGUGCAGGAGAUGAUUGUCAGUCGAGUGGCAGUAGUCCGUUGUGGCACAGUGACAUGCCCAUGGGACAUGUUUAUUGCUGCCGCCUCAUCGCUUUCGAGCUCCUCUGUCGACAUGUCCACAAUCUUCCGUCCCGAUAGCAUCAAGGUGCUUCAGUACUUCUGUCGCCAGGUUCUCAGCUUCCGCGAUUUACACAACCAGUGGAAGAAGAAUUUCGGCGCCCCUAUGCUGACUCUCCUCCAGGACUUCAGCGCGAGACGGGCAACUGAUGAGCGAGACAAGGUAUUUGCCUUGUUGGGGUUGGCAUCCCAUUCUCAGAGAUUCCUUGCCUUGGCAAGCUAUGAGGACUCAGUUGCCGAUGUGUACCGAGCAACAGCCGUGGAGCUUAUUCGUCGGGGUCACUCUCUGGAAAUAUGGCAUGGUGACUUGGCACGGAAGAACAGGAGAGAUCUUGCAAGCUGGGUUCCAGACUGGAGCGCAGUGUACGAUGAAGGUGAUCGCCAGCGGGCACAAAGAGGUGGCAGUGAAAAGGGCGAACGUAGUUCGGCGUGGAAACUGACUGUGGUACAAUCAGAGGGGGGAUACUGGAAGUUUGUGGCCGAAGGAAUGACACUGUUGUUGCACUGGAUCAACGAGAAUCCACAAGAACGAAAACUACCGAAACGCAUGGAGGAGGAAUUCGACUCGUACCACCGACUACUGAACAUCACCUGCCUGGAUUUCUACCGGAGGAGAGGCGCCAACGCGUUGGUAACCACCGUCGAGAGGAUACAGGAGCUAUGCAUCAACCUGAAAGCUCACUGUUCUUGGGGCAGUGCAUAUGAGGACCUCGCCAAACACCCUUCUAUCAGCGCAUUUGGUCGUUCGGCGGCUUUUUAUCGCGAGGUAAAAUCAAAGUCUGAGGUUGGCCAAGUUACCCCCAAUAUGGACUCAGAAUCUCGGGAUGAUUUCUGGUUUGGAAAAGACACAGCGGCUUGGCUUGAUCGUAUGGUGAUCAGGUAUGAAACGGUCACUUUCCGAACCCCCAAAUCGGAGACUGCUAUCCAGCAUCAUUUUAGAUGGGAGCUUGAUGAAUCGAGAUGGUAUCCUGAUGGACGCAGACGAAAGAGUUUUUUGUCAAUGGAAUCCAUGCCUCUGGGUACCGUAAGACAUGUCGGCGAGCGAAUCUUUUCCUGGGACGAUCGCGAUUCCGCUUUCAGCACGAUUUCGAAAUGGGUCUCCUACUACGAAAAGAUGUCAGGGUAUCACAGGGUGAAGUUGGCCAAGACCUUGCUGGGCGAAACAAAUCUCACCGAAACACUAAAGAGUACAGCUGAAGUCGAUGGAGUUGGAGAUGAGAGCCAUCGUGAUACUGUGGAAGCGCUGCUUCUGGAGUGGCUUGAUCAUGUGCUUGAACGUCACGAUUUCCCAGACGAUGCAAACAUGAAACCUCUCAACGAGGCUCUCGUUCUUGCAACAACGGGGAGGGUCAUGUUCGCCUUGAACGACAGCACUCUUGGGCUGGGCCCGGGGAGCAUGACUGUGGGAGAUGAGGUGAUGAUGCUUCCGGGUACUAGCUCACCUAUUGUGCUCCGGUUCCGCUUACCUGAGCGCGAUGAAUCCCUCGAAGGUCCUGCAUAUGCGGUGGUUGGAGAUUGCUAUCUUGACCCUUCAUCAUCGGAUGAGAAAAAGAAGCUGCCAAACCCGUGGCCAGGAUGGUUGCCGGAAACAAUCAUGCCAAUAGAGCUUAAAAAGUACUGGGAGAGACGUCGCAUUUAUCUCUUCUAGAUGGGAGGUUAUAUUCAUCAUCCUGAACCAGUGCCCAUGUAGGCACUGAUUCAUCAUUUCUAUGCAGCUAGCUCAAAGACCAAAUCGCCAGGUACCAAACUACCUAAAUAACCUUCAGAAUAGCCUCCCCAACCGCCUUUGCACUUGCAGGGUUCUGCCCCGUGAUGAGCUUCCCAUCAACAACGAGCUUCUCCCCCCAGUCCUGGCCAGCCUUUUCGUACUCCGCGCCAACCUCCUUGAUCCUGGUCUCCAGCAUGAAAGGCAUCUUCUCCGAAAGUCCAACGCCGUCCUCCUCGGAAUUGCUAAAAGCGGUCACCUUCUUCCCCUUGAGGAGGUAAUCCCCAUUGCUCAACUUGACAUUCACCAACGCGGCAGGUCCAUGGCUAUUUGAAUUGGGUGUCUUUGUUAGCCAACAGCUGAAAAAUGGUCUCUCUCUCGACUUGGAAACAAGCACGAUAAAUUAUAUGGUAAAAACUUACCAAACAGCGCUGACGAUCUUGCCCGCCUCCCAAAACCUCUUUACAAUCUCCUGCGAUUCCUUAUCGCCGGCGAGAUCAAACAUGGGGCCGUGGCCGCCGGGGAAGAAGAGGGCGUCGUAGCUGUCGAUGCCUUGUUGAAGGAUCUGGGAAAGGGGAGUGGUGGCCUCCCAGAGGGCGGAUUGCUUGUGCAAGAACUCAACAGAGAUCUCGUCGUCUUUGGCGGCUUCGAUGGAGGACUGGUCCAGGGGAGCGGCGCCGCCGCGGGGGGAGGCGACGGUGAUUUUGGGGGGAGGGGAGGAAGACGCAAAUACGUGGUGGGGGUGGGAAAACUCGGAGAGGUACCAGCCUGUUUUUUUGCCUGUGUCGGCCAGGUCGGCGUGGGAGGUGAGGACUACGAGGAUGGAGGGGGACAUUUUGGGCGUGAGUGUGUUGUUGUAUUGUUGUGUUUGUUGCGUUGGUGAGAUGUGGUAUUGUUGAUGGUGGUGGUGGUGGUGUUGGCUGAGUGAAAUAUUGAUGUUCAGUGAGUGAGAGAAAGACCAAACUUUUAUGUAGCUAUGUGAUGCAUGUCCUGCUCACUAAGCCGGAAACCCCUCGAUGUAACAGUGACGUCACACUCAACCCAAUUCCAACAGUUUCCAUCCGAUCAAUGUUGGAUUGCGGGGUGAGCCGCCAUCUCUUAAA